AUGCCGGUGGAGCCGGGAGUAGUCAGCCCCGCCAGGCUUGUGCCAGACCACAUCCUCAAGACGCCGUACUACGCUACGGGCUCAGUCCCUCCACAAGACAACAACGGGUUCCACGGUGACAACUGUGCCACGGUCGGGGUCGGGACGGUCGACGAUGCCGGGAAGCUUCUCAUGCAUGCCACCCAGGAAGCGAUGAUGGAAGGCGUUUCGGUGUGCCGACCUGGGGCUUGCCUCACGGAGAUCGGGAGCGCGAUCCACGCUGUUGCCGACCGUUACGGGUUCGACACCGUGCGAAAGUACUGCGGCCACGGGGUCGGGUCAAGCUUUCACAUGCUGCCAUUCGUGGAACACUUCCGAAACAACCGUCGGCUGGAAAUGGUACCAGGGAUGACCUUCACGAUAGAGCCGAUCUUCACCGAGGGCUCCGAGGCCACCACGCUCUGGCCCGACGCGUGGACCGUGCAGACGGUGGACGGGGGGAGGGCGGCGCAGUUCGAGCACGUGGUGCUCAUCACGGAGGAAGGGCACGAAGUGCUCACGGUCCCAUCGCCACGAGCAUGAAAGAGUUUUUUUGGUUGGCGGCGUCUGGACGGCGGUGGUGGUGGGUGGCGGCACCAUCCUUGCCGUGCGCCCUUGACCUGGGGUCUCCCGUGGGUUUUGGGUAGGGUCGCGCACCACCUGUACGGCUGCUCGAUUACGACGAGGAUGAAAAUGAUGCGUUUUCGGAAAGCCCUCGGCGAGAUGGCUCCAACGCAGCACCGCCGCUAUUGCUGCUGCUGCUGUGGAGAAAUCGAGCUUUGAAAAUCGGUCCGCUGGGGGUGUUGUAUCUUUCGUCACGUACGGUACUUCAGGUAGCGUCCCCGUCGACGUUGUUACUGGCUGACAGUCCCGUAGCUCUGACCACGAAAACCGCUCAAGGCAGUCGUGAUCGUCGUCGUGAUCGUCGUCGUCUGCCGUGCAGUUUGCGGCCUAGAACUUGAGCCAUGAGAGGAUUUUUGCUGCUUUACUUCGGCAGUACCGACAAAAUCAUUGUCGUCGUCACGCAUCGUCCCGCAUCAUGACAACGAGAAUCAUCUCUUAUCUAGAAGAUAAGCACGGUUGGUUGCGUGAGGCAAGCUAGCUGUGUUGCGUCAAGAUAGAGGAUCUUUCGUCUUUGCUUCGGUUUCGUAUCGGUCCGAAGCCGCUGUGUGGAGGGACACGCUAUUUUUCGGGCAUUUUUGUUGCUCGGUAAAUCGUUGUUUCGGACGGAAGUGGAGAGCUUGGUUGUUGGUGAGGUCAGAGCAAUGACGAUGACAGUGGAGGGACGCCACCGUUCCGACCGUAAAACUGGCCUGCACGUUUCGCCGUUAGCCUGUUACACUGGGAAGAGGAUAGCGUCGAUGGUCGUUGUUGUUGUGCACUCCUGCUUGUUUUGAUCGGGGCGGGUGCAAACAAUAUUGUUUCAUGGGCCAGUGCGCCCUACCUCUUAUCCCAGCAGGGGCAUCCAGUGCCACGCCCACCGGCUGGUGAGUUGUAGUACCCUUGUGUUCCCGCUAGCACCUCUAGCGUUUACGCGCUUUGUGUUUGGUCGGCAGGCGUUUGUCUGUUUGUUGGGUCGUCUUGGAACAGUUUCCAAUAAUGCAGGGACACGUUGUAUGCGU